AUGGAAAACAAUGAUAGUUCCACAUCCGCGCGACCUGCAAACCCACGCGUGACCCAGGCUUGCCAACGUUGCCGAACGCUCAAGACACGUUGCCUGCCAAGCGAGCAGUCCGGCACUUGUCAGAGAUGUUUUACUGCUAAACGUGACUGUAUCUGGGCCGAAGUCCCACGCCGCCCUCGUCGCGUGCGCGGUCCAUCUCGUAUAUCGCAAGUAGAGCAGAAGAUUGAUGGGCUUGUGGCGAGUCUUGUUAAGACAAGUGCCACGGACACAGCUGAAACGUCGACAUCUCCACCCGAGAGACCUCACUGGACAACCAUUGGAACCCACAAACUCGCUGGAAGAGAUCGUCCGGUCGCCCCUGGGAGCUGGUUGCAACUUCCGGAUUCCUUUGAGCAGCAGACAUCGCUGCCCGAGAUCCAUGCACCAUCCGAGGUAUCCGCUCCAGAGCCCGAGACGGAAGUGGAUGCAGCAGAGAACGCACAAGACUUAGACUAUGUCGAGAAACUGCGCAGCAUCCAUAGCUUCGCGGAAAAGGAAGACAGUUGUAACCCAAACCAUGCUCCAGCUCAAUCCAAACGAAAGGCGGAAGACCCUAUUAAUGAUGAGAAAGUGAACGAGCUGCUGAAGAACGGAAAGGCCGAUGAUCUACUCGACAUAUACCGGUCUAUGUGCAUAACUUUUCCAUUUGUCCCGAUAGACGAUGUGACCUCGGCCGAACACUUGCAUGCUACUAAGCCUAUGCUUUGUCUUGCUAUUCUUACAGUCGCUGCUUGGGAGGAUCACAAGUUGCAACGCCAUCUAGACAGGGUCUAUCGAAAGGAGUUGGCGGAUCAUACUUUCAUUCGCCCAAGGAGAACGAUUUCGUUACUGCAAAGCGUUCUUGUCUAUUUAUCAAGAUACCACUUCGUCUUCAGUCAUAAGACUCAGCAAAUAUACUUCAUGCAGACGACUGCGAACGGGCUUGCACUUGAUCUUGGACUUCAUCAGAGUUCGAUUCCGCCGGUCAUCGACUUUCCAGGAAGACCAUCGCCUUCGCCAUUGUCUACAACGGAGCAAUUGGAGCGGCAGCGGACGUUCCUUGGCUGCUAUUACUUGUCCUCUCAAGUUUCUGCAGGAAUGCAAAAGCCCAGCCUGCUCAAAUAUACAGAAUACAUGGGGAAAUGUAGUAGCAACUUGAGAGAUCAUCGUCAAUUCCCUUCAGAUGUAAUAAUUGGGCAUCUUCUGGCAUUAAGGCGCCUCGAUGACCAGAUCCAAGAUUGUUUCUUUACCGAAGAGACUUCCAGGCUCGAUAUCGCAGAUCCCCGCAUCUUGAUGAACUUUCGGCUCCUGGAAAGCCAGCUCGAAGAGUGGAAGCGCGAGCGUUAUAACCAAGAGUACCAACUCAUAUUCGAUCUUUCAUCUGCAUUCACCGAUAUGCAGCUACAUAGCAUAGCUCUUCGAGCACCGAAAUCAUCCAACCAAGACUACAUCGCUGAUGCGACGCGCCUAAACGCUUUGCUCGCCACUCUCGAAGCUUGCAAACGGUACCUCGACACUCUAAUUAGCUGUCCCAUGUCGAAUUAUCACAUCUUGGCAUUCGCAGAAUGGUUCCGUAUUCCUCUCGUCGUGAUAACACUAGCACGCCUGUGCAUCCCUAGCGACGCGCAUGCCGCAGCGCAAUGGGAUGUGAAAGCGGCCCAUGAACGGGGACGUCUAGAUCUCUACCUUGAAUCACUGUGUUAUCGAAUGAAAAAUUUGAGUACCUUUAAGCGGACACAAUCCUUUCAUCAUGAUUUCUACUGGUCGCUGGAGAUGAUUAUGGAUUUGACCAAGAGUUGGUUCAUGAAGAAAAUCAGUGCGAAGACAACGCCAUCAAAUGGAAUACCCACGCCGGACACGUUCCAAGGAUUUCCCCAUGGCCUGAUGACGGAUGGUACAGAUGGACCCUCUUCAUCUCUGGGGCUGGACACUACGCGCUGCCCACAUGUGUCAAUUGACCAGGGACCGAAUCCCAAUGGCAUGAAUGAGAAUGACCCUUUCGCCUUCAUGCGCGAUAUGGACUUUGAAAUGGACAGGUAUGAGCUCAUCCUUUCUGUAUAG